CUCUACAGGUGAUCUCCUGCAGGGGACCAACAGCUGUCUCUAAGGUUUAUGGAAACCUGACCUCCCAUUGGUGGAGAAAUGCAUGAGGAACCCCGCUCUGCUGCAGAGGACAGGUUUAGUCAUUAGAGUGCUUUGCCACAACCAGGAAAAUGUCUGGCUCCUACGAUGAAAGUGCAGGUGUUGACGACACCAUGGACAGCUUCUGGGAGGUGGGGAACUACAAACGUGCUGUCAAGAGAUUUGAUGACGGCCAUCGGCUCUGCAAUGACCUUAUGAGCUGUCUGCAGGAACGUGCCAAGAUAGAAAAAGCCUACGGUGAUCAGUUAACUGCCUGGUCCAAGAGAUGGAGACAGCUAAUUGAGAAGGGACCACAGUAUGGCUCCGUGGAGAGAGCCUGGUUGGCUGUGAUGACCGAGGCAGAGAAGGUGAGUGAGCUGCACCAAGACGUGAAGAACAACCUGCUGAACGACGACGUAGAGAAAGUGAAGAACUGGCAGAAGGAAGCGUAUCAUAAGCAAAUGAUUGGAGGCUUCAAAGAGGCCAAGGAGGCGGAGGAAGGCUUCAAAAAGGCUCAGAAACCGUGGGCCAAAAAGCUCAAGGAGAUGGAGACAGCUAAGAAAGGAUACCACAUGGCCUGCAAGGAGGAGAAGCUGGCUGCGACCCGAGAGGCCAAUGGCAAGACCGAGGCUUCUGUCACACCAGACCAGCAGAAGAAACUCCACGAGAAAGUGGACAAAUGUAAACAAGAUGUGCAGAAGGCUAAAGAAAAGUAUGAGAAGUCUCUGGAGGAGCUGAACAAGUGCACCCCGCAGUACAUGGAGAGCAUGGAGCAGGUGUUUGACCAGUGCCAGCAGCAUGAAGUCAAGAGGCUGACCUUCCUCAAGGAGGCCCUGCUGGACAUCAAACGCCACCUUAACCUCACCGAGAACCAAAGCUAUGCCACAAUAUACAGAGAACUGGAGCGCACGAUCCUGGCUGCAAACACACAAGAGGACCUGAAGUGGUUCAGCAACAACCACGGCCCUGGGAUGCAUAUGAGCUGGCCUGCAUUUGAGGAAUACAACCCAGACCAGGCCAGUGCUCCUCCAAAGAAGAAGAAACCAGAUGGAGCCCCACCCACUCCGAGCACUGACCAUGUGGCUCCACCUGGUGAUCGUAGCAGUGUGAGCAGCUAUGACAAGAAUCAAGCUUAUUCGACUGAAUGGUCUGACGACGAGCAGCCCGCUGCGUACUCCGGCAACGAAAAUGGUGGGAACGGGAAUUCAUUCGAAGAUGAUUCCAGCACUGGGAAAGGGGUCCGUGUACGUGCUCUCUAUGACUAUGAAGGCCAGGAACAGGAUGAACUGUCCUUCAAAGCAGGUGAUGAACUGACCAAGACUGAGGAUGAAGACGAGCAAGGCUGGUGUAGAGGUCGUUUGGACAACGGCCGAGAGGGACUGUACCCGGCCAAUUACGUCGAGCCAAUCUAGUCACGUUACUGGACAAGGACAAGCCAUUGGAGGCAGCUUGAACUGUCCCGUCCAAUUGCACCGCACAUAGCCAGAGACUUAAGAGCAACACAUCCCCUGCCCAACAGAUGCGCCAAGCAGUCUUGCCUAAAUAAAAACUUAGUAACAUAAAAGACAGUAUAUCAGUAUAAUAUAUUUUAUCCAGCAUUUGGGGUGGGUGGACUUACACAUUUAAAAACAGGAGGAGCAGUUAUUCCAGUAUAUACACACUCAGCUAUAACAUCAAGACAGUGCAGGAACACAUUGCUUCUCUGUGUAGCUGUAUUUAACAUAUAAUGCAGCUUAUUUAAACUUGCAGUAUACUGCAGUCUGUUCUCUUGUGAAAAUGGGAAGAUAAUAUAAUCAGUUAUACCCAUUCAACAAAGACAAGCUUCUCUAACCUGCAUUGUGUAUAUACAGUGUGAUGCCAUUUUUGUGUAGCAUUUUUAAUGCUGUGUGUGGUCAGUCGUCAUUCUUACAUCAGGAAUGCUGUGUAGUGUUAAAAGUACCACAAACAGUAUCCUCUUUUUUUGUUUUUGUUUUUGUUUUUUUUUUCUUUGUGAUUUGGUCCAACCUCUUUUCCCGGUGUGUGCAGUGCUACGUGUUUUUAACUGUUUCUAAGCUUGCAUAGCAGCAUGUGCUAUGCAACAACUUGCAUUCCCUGAAUCCUGCAGCCUUGUGUAGGCUACAACCUGAUGCAACACUUCAACUACAAAUGCAGAGUUCACUUUUUAGCAUCACAUGCUUCUGGGCAUGCACAUGCUUCUGUUUUCAUGAGAGGAAGCCUGUCGAUGAACUGAUUUUAUGUCGGUUUUAUUUUUAACAUUUCUUUUUUUUAACAUCACAGAUCAUUUGGCAACAUCAUCUUCAUGCAAUCCAUGGAAAGGAUACACAGUUUCUGCAAAAGCUUUCAUUCUUGGUUCAGUAAUUCAGGUGUCUUUUUAGUCCGCUACUGCUAACAAGAAACACAAGUGAUACAUUCCCUCUGAGCAAAGCCGGAUCAAGUCAUCUUUUUGAGGGUGCCACUGCAGUAUGAGAGGAGGGUUUUGAACAAUGCCUGUGUUGGGCACUUUUCUUCCAGAGCGAGGGGCCAAUGGAGGCAUGUUAAUGCGUUACUGUGCUACAGGCUGUUGUCUGAAGAUUGAAGCCUCUCCAACAGGACAUGAAUGUACUAGUGUUUGGGCUUGAAAGAGGGCAUGUUGUCUGAACAUGGUUCUCCACUGUCAGUUAAAGCCCUUCCUAGCAAAAAGCACUAGUUAUGCGGCCCGUUUCCCUCCUGAGCCAAAGAAUGACCCAGUACCAUCAACUAUCUGUUUUCUCUCCAUGCAAUAACUUCACAUAUCACACAGCUUCAGUGAAGAUCAACUUGUAGCUGCCUCCCAGUCCACCCAAACUUAAUUUGUCUGCAAACCACUGCGCAAUGACACAGGGAAAACAAUUGUCACCAGUACUGCACUGCAUGUAAGACUACGCUUACACGGUGCAUUACAUGGUUAUUUUUAAAUCUUUAACUUCUCCAUAGAAAUUAAAUUUAUAGCAGGAACUGGCAUUCAUCAGAUGUUGAUUAGUGAGUUGUCUUGCUACGAGUUGCACCUAAAUCUCUGAUUAGACGAGAGAGAUGCUUUUUAUAAGUAAGUUGUCAUGAAGUUUUUAAACUUCACUGGACCAACAGCAAUCAGAUGUGUUUAGCUCUGUGUCUGGAACAGGAUUUGACAGGUUUGGGUCUCACACAUGAGGAGAAACACAUCACCAGCUCACAAGUUGUGUCUUAGAGUAAAGCUGUCCAGCAUAGCAAAAAGGACUCCUAUCAUCAGACUGUCCCACAUCCUUGAUGCGCAUAUGCACACACACACACACACACACACACACACACACACACACACACACAAA